GCUUCGCCCGGUGCCACGGUGCUCCCAGCUCUUUUCGGACCUAGGUUUUUAUCACGGAGAACUGCUGUUUGAAAUGGCCUUUCGGAGCUUUGGCCGGGACGCACGAAAAAGGGGACGUUCAGCGUAAACAAGGUUUGCAGAGGGAACUUCGGACAAGGGAUCUGGAACGCUUUAGAUACAUUGGCUUAUUUCUAAAGUAAAAUAUGCUUAACAAGCCGACAGAUAAGGCGGCAACGGCCUCGAGAGGCUCGUCUUUUUUCAUCGAAAAUCUGCUUGGCUCGACGAGAACUGAGUCUACCGACAUCGGCAGGGAUUUUAUUGCCGGAGAGAGUGGUGACGCAAGGGUUUGCUCCAGCCAAGUGAUAGCCGACCACGGUAGGCUGGUAAGCGGUCAAGCACCCGCUGGGUACUACGCAGAUCCUCGAGACUCUUCGUUGGAAUGGUAUCGAGAAACGGAUGCCUUGAAGGUGAAACCUGUGGGAAGAUCUACAACUCCUAAAGACGAGACUAGGAGCUCAGAUGACCAUUGUUGCUCCAUAUCAACCAGCGACAGAGAUUCCCCUGCGGUAUCCGAACCAACAGAUGGGAGCGACGAAACUGACCGUAAAAUUGGCAACAGUAGCCUAGCCGACGAUAACGACGAGAUGCCAAAUGGUUAUGAUGAGAGGUCGGACCAAGACACCCCGUUGGAUCCGAAUUCCGCAAGGAAAAAGAAGACCAGGACCGUGUUUAGUCGAAGUCAGGUAUUUCAGUUGGAGUCCACAUUCGACAUGAAGCGGUAUCUCAGCAGCUCCGAGAGAGCAGGCCUUGCCACCUCAUUACACCUGACGGAAACACAAGUCAAAAUAUGGUUCCAGAACCGACGGAACAAGUGGAAGAGACAAUUGGCUGCGGACCUCGAGGCCGCAAAUGCUUCCCAUUCGACCCAACGGAUUGUCAGGGUUCCAAUUCUCUACCACGAAAGCUCCACGCCUCCGACUCUGGGCUUCAACGUGAGCAUGCCCCAGAUCGCAUCACCUCUUGUGGGAUUCUCGAAUUCAAUGAAUUACCCACUGUCCUCCUUCGCUCAUUCAAUGAGUAUGCUACGGUCCCAAAUGACCGGCUUCGUAUGAA